UUUAUGUGUUGGGGGUCGCUUUGACGGAAUUGUGGGGGUUUGCUUCAUCAUCACGGAUGUUGGGCAAAAGACGUGAGCUGGAACCUCAUUGGCUGCUAAACUUAGUGGGCGGGGCGUCACUGCGGGGGUAUUAAAAGCUUUGUUCCAUUGUUGGGGAGUGUGUUUUCCAGCUGGUCCAACUCAGGAGCAGGAGUGGGGACUGCAAGAAGAUACCUCUGCACUUUUUUUUUUGUUGUUACACCAUUUCAUUUGCAAUCAAGGCCGUUUGGUUUCCAGAUGUCAUUUUCCUGCAGUCAGUCUCUGGACGGUAGUUUUCCGCCCACCCCAGCGGAGGACCGGGGCUCCCAGCGGCUCUCCUGGAGCAACCUGCUCCAGAGAUUGACUGAGCUGAACGGACUCAGUCACAGAGAUGCUGCGGAUCACUUCUGCAGGAGUGAAACUGGCUCUGUGGCAGAUUUGUCCCUUUCAGACUCAGACAGCAAUUUCUUCUGCUAUCCUCCGGAGGAGACCUUGGCUGCAGAGGUCGUGGCCCUCAUCACAGAGAGCCUCCACAACGCAUCACCCCUCCUGUGCUGCUCCAAACUCCUCAUACCUGAAAAUCUCAUGCAACUCAUCAGUGAAGAACUGCUGCACUUAGCUGUCAAUGAACCCUGUGGCCUGAGGGGGGCGCUGAUUGAGCUGUGUGUGGACAGGGGAGACCAGGGAUCACUGUGCGAGGUGGAUAGAAUUGCAGUGGAUCCCACCCUGGUUCCAACCUUCCAUGUGACUUUGGUGUUGAGGCUGGAGUCCAGCGGACUUUGGCCCAAAGUUCAGAAGCUCUUCAGGAGCGGGAAGCCUCGGGGAUCACCGCGGCCCCACAGGCCCCUGAGGCUGAAAUCCAGCUUCAGGGCCAUCAGGAGGAAGCUGUACUCUUCAGGGGAGCUGCUGAUCGAGGAAUGCUGCUGAGGAUCACAGGGCUGCCUGAUUAGAUGAACAUCACCACCAUACAAUGAAAUGCACUGACAAGAUGAAUUAACAGUCUCACGUUCGUUUAACAAGAGGUUAAUGGAGACGUUUAAAGGGACGGCUUCUUCCACGGCAGCUACUCAUCCGGUUAUGAGGAACUCUUUCCAUGAAAUGUGACAACAGGGAUUGUAUAUAAUAGCCAAAUAUAAACAUUUUUGUAUUGUUAAUAAAAAAAAAAAGCAAGAAAUAAAUUAUUUUAUAUAAAAGUU